AUCAUUGCAAAGUUAAAGAAUUUACAACAAAAAAAAAAAAAAAGACUAAAUUGUCCAUUGUCAGUUCAAAACUGCAGAAAUAAGAAGAAAAAAAUUAAUUUAGGGCUUUUCUUAUAAAUUCCAUAACUUUGCAAAGAAAGGUCAUGUAGAGCUGAGAGAUGUCUCAUUUUAAUCAGAAAUUUACGCGCUACAAUUCUGCCUAAUUAAGAAAGGUUUUUUGUUAUUUUUUGGAGUUUCUGAAAAAUUGGUUUUCCAAAAGACCGGAUCUUCGAAGGGCUAUGGGUAACUCCCAUAUUCAUAUCCGGAAUCAGCAUGAUCGAUAACCUAUAACCCACUAGAUUUCGAUUAAAAAGUGAUUGGACACUUGGGAACGUUCCCUCGUAAGAUCUUAGUGAGAUUUGUCUUACAUUUGUCCAAGAUCUUAGACAAACUUACUAAGGUCGCAGUUUUAUUUUCGUUUCUGCUUGAAAUAAUCCUAUAUCUAGGUAAAAUGUGGCUUUCCAUGUAGAUUUCCUUUUCUCAGAUAGGCAGAUAAGAUAAGACUAUAGUUCGCGUAUGUUCUGCACAUCACAUAAGAAAAAGUAUUAACGCUACGAGACUAUCUAAAUGAAAGCAUAAUUAAUACAAGGCUGAAAAGUCUAUUGGAGAUAGUAAGAAGGCAAAACCCUUUCAAAGGGGGACAACCGAGGUGACGGAUUUUUGCGGGGGGAGGGACAAAUCUCAAAAUGUGGGACUGACAACCCUGGUAAUGAACCACUAAACAAGCGUCAAUUUUUCCACUGCAUUUAGUUCAUUUUCUAGGCGAUAAACAGUAUGCAAAACAAGCUGCACAUGGAAAUACCAAAAAAACAACAACAGCAGCUCAUGUCUACCGAAGAACACGUCCAUCUACAAUAACGAAAAUCAGACAAGGUGUUAGAACAGACCCAGGCACAGCGGUCUACAAGUCAAUGGUUGGCUCGGGUGAUGUUCUUUUCCCAAGGAAUGUACGCCAGGCUAAUUACCAAAGAACACAAUAUCUUCGUAAACAACGUCUGUCUAAAGACGAGUUAUUAAACACAAUAUUAUUAAGUAUAAGUGAAAUAAACGAUUAUAUUCGUUCUUGUUCGUUACCCGAGCUAACUGUUGUUUUAAUGCACGAACACGCUGAAGAAUCUUUCGAAUAUUUAUUAAACACUACAACAGAAACAAUUCCGUUAUAUUAUGAUACAACUUUUCAAGUUAGACAAUUUUACUUAUCAGUGAGUUUAGAUAUAUUUUAA